GCAGAUCGAUCUUUUAAUCAAGUCGCGCUCCUUCUUGCGUACUGUAAGUCUUGUUCGCGUCCCUCAGUAUGUAACAUUUCUUCUGACACCCUUCCGUGUUUCAACUCCAUCACUUCUGUCCAUCCACCAACGAGAAACUUGAAAUGGCGCCAGCCAACGAACGCACACCCCUUCUCCCCGAUGGGAACAAUGAGCUCAAUCCUGACCACCAAUCUCAGCCUACCCCCGAUGAGGAGCAACCCAUCCUCGAAAGGACACCUCUGCAACUCGCUGCAAUCAUUCUCCCCAUGUCAAUCGGUGUAUUCCUAGUCGCAAUGGAUGGCACCAUUAUCGUUUCUUCUUACGCAGCGAUUGGAUCCGACUUCAACCAACUCCAGAAGACCAGCUGGGUCGCCACCGGUUACAUCCUCACCCUGACCAGCUUCCAGCCUUUGUAUGGAAAACUGAGCGACAUCUUUGGCCGGAAAACAUGUCUUAUCGCUGCCUAUACACUCUUUGCAUUGGGCGCUUUGUUCUGUGGCAUGGCAAGAAGCAUGAAUGAACUCAUCGCUGCAAGGGCUUUUGCUGGAAUGGGUGGAAGUGGUAUCUCAACCGUUGGCUCAAUCAUCAUGUCAGAUGUUGUUCCCCUCAGGAAAAGAGGUACUUGGCAAGGUUUACAAAGCAUCAUGUUCGCAGUCGGUUCGUCGGCUGGUGCUCCCUUAGGUGGUAUACUUGCUGACACAAUCGGGUGGAGAUGGUCUUUCCUAAUUCAGGUUCCCAUCACCAUGCUUGCAGUUUUGAUCGUGUCGUUCGCUCUCCAUUUGCCUGCCCAGACACUUUCCUCCACUUCAAGUACCUUCUUUGGCAAACUCAAGCGUAUCGACUUCUUGGGAGCCUCCACAUUGAUCGUUGCCGUUUUCGCCCUCCUUCUUGCCUUUGAUAGAGGUAGCACUGAUUCCUGGAGCUCGGACGUCACCAUCGCGUCGUUUGUGGUCGCAGCUGUCUUUGGAGUACUUUUCUUGGUCGUCGAAUGGUACUGGGCCUCCGAGCCCUUUGCACCCAAAAGGAUCAUGACGUCCCGUGCACUCGUUGCCUCUUACUCAAUCAACUUCUUCAGCACUGCGUCGAUGAUGACGAUGAUUUUUCAGUUGCCUCUCUAUCUGCAAGCUGUACGUCAGACUACUCCUAGUAUGGUCGGUCUGUGGCUAUUGCCGAGUGUCCUGGGUGGUGUUGGGGGCAGUCUCAUUGGCGGGUACACUAUCCAGCGUACCGGAAAGUACUACUGGUUAAUAGUGACAUCAUACACGGCGAUGUGUCUCGGCUCCGCUGUGAUCACACUCGCAACCGGUAUUCUCGCGUUCUCAGCCGUUGGAAUCAUCUUUGGCUUGGUUUUCUCGCGUCUGGGUGGUGGUGCUGGGAUCUCUGCGGGUCUUGUUGCGCUUCUUGCGAACGCCGGCCAACAGGACAAGGCAACUGCUACCGCUGUGUCAUAUCUCUUCCGAUCUUUGGGGUCGCUCGCGGGUGUCUCUUUGGGCAGUACUAUCAUGCAGUAUACCCUCCGCAAAUCGUUACGUGAGCAUCUUCAAGGAUCUACUGAUAUUGACAAGCUCGUUCGUCGCGUGGUUGAAUCACUGUCGUACAUCAACAAGCUCGAACCCAAGACACAGGCUAUCGUGCGGAACUCAUAUGCUGACGGUGUCCACGCUGCAAUGUGGCUGUCUGUUGUGUUGGUCGCAUUCGCAGUUGUGUCAAGUUUCUUCUUAAAAGUCAAGCCGUUGGAAAAGAAGUAAUUGGAAUCGUUGGCCGUUUUUUUCUUUCGUCUCCCCUCAAAACGUCAUUUGUUGUCGAAAUUGUGGAAUGCCUCAUAAACCUCACGCUCCUUACUCGCACUGUACUCGCGUCGCUAGCAUUGCACUGAUCACUGCUCUAAUAAUAUCUCACAGUUUUCUCGUUGUUCCCUUAUGCCCACCUUCGUAGCCCGAAUACCAUUGCCCUGUUUACACGC